AUGAGCGGCAUAAUGGACUUCCUUCCACGAUAUCAGCAGUUUGAGCUCGAGAUAAGCCAGCACCACCAGUUUGUCAAAGAUCUUAUGAUCUAUGCCGAUCAGGUUGAAAAGAAGCUCCAGCAAGAAAAUGCAGACCUGCGUCGGCAACUUCAAGAGGCAAAAUUUGACCUGGAGGAUGCAACAAACUCCCGCCGUGACUUACAACAACGCCUUAUUACUGCGGAGGCCCGUGCUGGUUUUGUUUCCCAGGACGAGGGUGAAUCCCAGGGCCGGAAACCCUAUGUUGUCCUUCUGCUCGAUGGUAAUGGGUUGCUUUUCAAAGAGGAUUAUGUUAAACUAGGUCGCGAGGGUGGCGCUCAGGCCGCGAUAGACCUACGAAAUGUUAUUGCCGCGCAGUGCAAUGACACAACAGGCGAGAUCAAAGUCAUUACCAAGAUAUAUGUCGAUGCCGUAGGACUUAGUCGGCUGCUUCGAAGCUGUGGCUCCGCCAGCAGUGCCGGGUGUGUUCGCGAGUUCAUGCUCGGGUUUUCUCAAGCAGAAACAUCGUUCGACUUUAUUGACGUUGGUGACCAUGGCGAUCAAGUUCGCUUGAAGUUGACCGACUCUGCUUCGUGGCACCUAAAAGACUCGGAUUGUAAGCAGAUUUUGCUUGGUGUAUCACAUGAUCGUGGCUUCACGCCUUUCAUCGAGGGCGUGGUAGCCGAGGAGGAACUCAAUAAACGCGUCACGGUCCUCGAAGGCCAACCAACACAUCAAAAGAUCAGGUCCACGGGCGUCAACAUCAUAGCAUUCGACAGGAUCUUCCGUGCUGACGCGCCAGCCGACAAACCACCUCCUCCCCGGUCAAAUACAUCUAGCUCCUCGGCGGCAGUCUCCACGCCAGAGUCGGUCCCGGCCGCGCCCGCGUCAAUACCGGCGGCGGCCACCUCUGCACCAAUGACCUGGGCGACCAUAACACGAAAAGCCACACCGCCGCCUGUUAUCACGUUGCCAAUCCCGCUGAAGACCGCGGCGCCGGCUCGCUCUGUGAGCGCGAAUAAGACACCGCCGCAGCCGAACUGGAAUCCCGGUCCGCGUGGGUUGGAUGCUCCAAUACCGCUUAACCAGAGCGUCCUCGACACGGUGAAGAAGAGGAAAGAGAGCAGCAAGUUGUGUAACAAUCACUAUCUCCGUGGUCCCUGCACUAAGGGUGAUGACUGCUGCUUUGAGCACAACUACAAACCGAACAAGGAGGAGCUCAAUGCAAUUGCGUUCCUGGCGCGGCUCAAUCCAUGCACAAGCGGUCAGGAGUGUGAUGUGGACAACUGUAUUUACGGUCACCAUUGCCCGAGUGUGGUAAAUAAUGUCUGUGUCCAUCCGUUUUGCAAGUUCCGCGCCGAGGAGCACCCGCCUGGCACAAAGUACAAGUUUCCCCGAGAGUGA